GUACACGAUCACGAAGUGUAGAGCUAACUGGAGUACGAACAAUGGCGAUUUCAUAUCCUCGUUUAAGCCCCAGAGGACUUAGAGGUCUUUCCAUAUUCAAUAUCAUUCUUUGGGUAUUCUCAAGCGUCCUGACGAUUGCGAUAGUGAUUCGUUACUCAAACUUUGGUCAAGGGCCCGACUACAACAACAUUGGUGGACUGGACUACAUUUUCGCUGGAAUUUGGGCAGGUUGGUUUUAUGGUGUUGCUGGAAUCGUCGGCAUAUUCGGAAGUUACGAGCGAAAGCGAGUACAAUUGCUGACGGUUGUGACUUUCAACGUUUUGUCUCUGGUCGGAGCAAGCAUCUCCGGAUGCAUCGCCGGAAUUAUCGGAUUUUACAUUAUUCGUAAAUUUAACGAAAUAUGUUACCCGUCCCUUCUACUUGCUUAUGACACUUCUGAUGAAGACUGUACGGUCUGGAUGAGUCUCGAGUUCGCGUUGUUAGCAUUUAGCACAAUUGCUUUCUUCGUCAAUCUAUCGUGCUUAAUAGUUACCCUUGUGGCAAUCUGUGGUCCAAAAAAGAGCACCGGAUUGGUGCGAAUGGAGGUUGGAAAUCCCGCCUACGAUUUUAAGCAAAGAAGGCCGAGUGCAUAGCAAAUCUGAUAUUGUCCCAAUUGUACAAAGUGUGCUGUGAAGAUUUUAAAACCUGUUACUAAAUAAUAAAAUAAUUUCAAUUAA